CUUCACCAGCAUGGAGCUCCCCUAUUCAAUCCUUCUCGCCAACGUAUACCGAUCUCCAUGUUUAUCUCCCUUCUUUCCAAGGAAACUCUCGACCGAGAUCUGGUCACGAAUUCAUCUGCAAGAUCCAUCAGAAUCAAACCGCGGACCACAGCAAUCCAUACAUCACGACCCAUAUAUCAACCUGCUCGUGCACCCCUAUAAAUUUACUGGACGACGUCGUUGCAAUGACUUUCCGUAGGCAAAAACGGACCCCAUGGACCGAAGAGGAUAAACUGAAGCUCCUGACCUUAAAGGAUGAGCACCCUGAUCUCACGUGGGACGAAUUUCUUGAGUUGACAACCUUCCCUGGUCGCACCAAGGCAGCCAUCCAAAACAUGUGGCACAAGUUAAAGGCCAGGAACGCCGAGGAAAGUGACGACGACAACGAGUGGGAGGAGCAAUCGGGGGACGAGGACAACGAUGAGGAUGAGGGAGAGAUAGCGGCGGAGGCAGAGACCGUAACCGAUACCGCCGUGAACAAGCCGAAGAGGGGACUGAUCGAAUACGAGUUGACUGGCAGUGAGACAGAUGCCGUGGACUUGAGGAAGGCCGGCGAUAGUGCCGCGGUAGGUGCCAGCACUGACGGCGUUUUGUACCGAGGAUUAUGGGCUAAUGCAUGCAUGGGUGGCGCUCAGAUCAAUUCUUCUACUUUACCUUCGAAGAAACAGAAACAGCAGCGAUCGAAAUCAUUCCCCGCUCCCAGCGCAUCUCAAGAUGUCAAACUGGAUCCACAAUCUCGCCCUUCCACUCCGGCCACCGGGCCUUGGUUUCCUACUCAGCACCCGGACACUUCCAAUACCUUUCGCUCGUCAGAUACUCGUGCGAAACCGUCACCCCACUUAAGCUUGGGGGAGUAUCUGAAACGGAGGCAGCUCCAGAAAGCAGCUUUGCACAAGGAACUCGAAGUGAAGAUUAAAUCUCUAAAGGCACAGUCAGAUGCCGUCCGGGAAGAGGUGGAGGAGGCAGCGGCCCUUUACACCAAGUUGCAGCAGCUAGGGGGCUUACUGAACCUCAGUCCUUCGGAAGCGGAUACCCUGAUGGCGAUCAUUCGGGCCAGCCACUUUACCACUACUCCUACACCCAUGAACUGA